CUCAGCUGGACGUACUAACCGUAUAACCAGAUGAUUGACCAUAUAAAGCAGCAGGUGUCUUUGAAAUAAAUGUGGCCUGGGAACAUAGUUGGGGGCAAUUUACAUUUAAAAUAUUUGUUGUCUUCCUUGUUACACCACUUCCUCAAAAAAGUUGAAAUAAAAGAUACUGUGUUAAUUUUUUUGUUACUGAAAGUAAUGAGCCAGGGAAGCUUCACAGCAUCACCUUCUGCACACAGCAGCAGCUCAUGCUCAUGCUCAGCUGAUAUCUUGAAACCUCGAUGUCCAGGAAUGGUUCCUCUGGGCAUGCCUAUUCCUUUUACUGAAAUGCAGACUCCAUAGAUAACCCUUAGGGGUCAUUUAGUCCAGUUUCUCACCAAGGAGGAACCGCUGCUACAGCACUGCUGACGAUUAGUUCCCCAGGCUCUGCUGAACUCCUCCAGGGGCGGAGCAUCCUUUCCGUUGUUGGACACUUGAUUGUUGUAGGUUUCUUCUGUAUAUGGAGAAGAGUCUUCCACCUUCUUUCUACGUCCUAGUUCUCUGCCUUUUAGAAUAGGCAAUCUUCUAUUUUCAAAAUAAUCCAGGACUGAGCUCCUUUUAAUCAAAGUUCCCAUUGUACAUCUUUUCAGAAACACAUUGUUACAUAAAACAUUAGAUUGUCAGCUCCCUGCAGACAGGCUUUGGGGUGGUGAAUAGCAAUCACUCAGUGCCUUGCGUAGUGCCCCGUGAUUGCUUGUACCCUGGAGUCUAAGAUGUGUUGGGGGAUAAGGAGGAGCCCUUGCUUAGGUUUCAUGGCUCUGACCGUGGAUUUCCAAUGUCCCUUCUUUAUGCUGUGGAGGAGGAAGGACUAAGGGUUUAAGACAUCUUCUUAAUAACAGUUCCUAACAUGAGUGCCUCCUGUGCGUUCCACUUAUGUUAGGUGCUUUAAGUCAUCUAUACUUGAUCCUUACAACAAUUCUGUGAGGUAGGCAGUAGCUACUGUUUUUGUGCCCAUUUUAUAGAUGGGGAAACAUAGGCCAUAGAGAGGUUAAUUUAAUGGCAAAACCAGGAUUUUAGCCUAGAGCCCUCACCUUGAAGUACUAAGAUACGUUGUUGCCACCUUGAAAACAGCCAGGAAUAAGACCACUUGAAGCCUUCCGCAGCCUGCAGCAUGUAACCCUCCUUGGCUCACUUACUGCUUGCAAGUUUACUUUUCAUUUGCAGAGUAUGUAUCUUGCCCCUUAGCUAGGCUGUAACGGCUCUGUUGGGAUGGAUGGUGUGGCUUCUUUCUAGUCAUGUAGUAUAUGCCAGCUGCUAAAUGCCUUUUGAGUGCGGCGAAUGAAAUCUGCAAAAUACACCAAGGAAUAUAAGAAGCUGGCUGAGGUGCCAUGACUUUCUGCAAGAAUAUCUAAAAAAAAUUUUUAAUACCAUUUGUGGAAAUUGUCUUGGGCAAAAAUUUACUUUGGUACCAAAAAAAAAAAAAAAGGACUAAGCAACAUGCAGUGUGUGAGCCUUGGGUUAUCAGCCACACCGAUUUUAUCUAGGAUCUUAAAUAGCAAAUCUGCCAUGAAAUGAAAUUUAAGAUUGAGAUUUCCCUUGUGAAGGGCUGUUUACCAGGACUUUGGAAAACUGAGAACGUCGAUGUUCACUUCUGGAAAGAGCUGUCAGUUCUUUGGUUGCUUUACUUUCAUUUAGAAUCUUGCCUUGGAUAUUGGUCAUCUUAGUAGGUUUGUAGUGGAGGUUUCAGAUUUUCCUAGCUGUCACAGUCAGUGAAGAGGAUCUGUGCAUUUGUUUGUGUGAUUCUGAACCUGGGACCUAUCGGGAAAGGGCAGGAGGUGGUGCGGAGGGCUUCACGUUCUGGACUGCUCAGCAGUGGUUCUGUUAUCCUGGCAAGCCCCAGGAGCUGGCCAAGUGCAGGGCAGUCACUAAGAGAUAGGUUUUACACCUGACACACACACAAAACAAUAUUUGUCCUCCCUCAAUAUGACGCAUUUCUGUUUCAUUCAAAACAAAAGUGAGUGGCCAGCAGCAGUUCGAAAAAUACUGGACUUGAACCUGGCAACUCUAGUGUUGGCAUCACCCAAGAUCUUGUUAGAAUUGCAGGAUUUUGGCUCCUCUUUGUACCUACUGCAUCAGAAUCUGCGUUGUAAUCUUAAUAAGGUGAUUUGGGGACACAUCACAGUUUGAGAAGGCCUGGGCAGGAGGACCGUGUCUCUGGCCUACUGGGCUGGGAGGCAGUGCUGGGGAACAGUCACACUCGGGUCACCCUUGCCUGUGAUUUACUGAGCCCAGUGGAUGUUCUCAGUGGCUCCCUGAGCCCUCAUUGUCUCCUUGUUUCUUCUGCCCAAGCAGAUUCAGUCAUAUUUUUAUGUGGGCAAAAUUGCAGAUUUCAAGCUCCUUAUCCAAGGCUAAUUUUGUAUUAUGUUCAAUCAGUUCGUUUUGUUCUCAUGGCUUCCUGCUUGCUAAAGGCGUAAUUACCAGGAGGUAGAACUUCUUCAGAAGCAAGUGCACAUGCGUGCCAAAGUAAGAGAAAUCCACUCUAAACACAGGAAAAGAUCUCAGGCUUUAAUGAAGGGGUUAAGUCCAAUCCAAAAGCACUUUUGUGGGCACUGAUUGCUCAGGCUUAUGCGUCACUGCUUGAAUGUGAGGGAAGAGGGGGUACCAGGCUUUAGACAGGCUUAUGUACAAAAAAACACCUGCAGGCUGAGCUUAAAAUACUCCCCAGUCUCCAAAGAAGAGACUCAAGUCCACACAACACUGAUUUUGGGGGCUGCCAAGCAGGAUGAGCAGCUGCAGAGCCGGAGACUCAUGCCAGUCAGCCUGCAGGAUGCUGCCGCCCCUCUGCCUGCUGCUGCUGCUCUCAGGGGCCACCGCUGCCCUUCCCCUGGAGGGCGGCCUCGCUGGCCGCAACAGCGGGCAUAUACAGGAAGUGGCAGAAAUAAAGAAAAACAGCUUGUUGACUUUCCUUGCCUGGUGGUAUGAGUGGACCUCCCAGGCGAGUGCAGCGCCCUUCACAGGAGGGGAGGUCAGGGAGGUGUCCAAACGGGAGGAGGGCCUGCCGCCCCUUCAGCAGUCCACGCGCCGAGAUAAAACGCCCUGCAAGAAUUUCUUCUGGAAGACCUUUUCCUCCUGCAAAUAAAACCCCACCCAUGAUUACACACGCGAAGUGCAGACGGAUCUGAAUAAAGUAUAUUAAGCAGCCGUGAUCUUUCUUCUUUAUGCAAUUGUCUUCUCUUUCCCAUGUAAUUUGAGGAGUAUUUUGAAUUUAAAACCAACAAUGCCCAGUGCUGAGUGUCUUGGGUAAUCUGGAUUUUGCGGCUUUCGCCGUGCUGUACUACUCAGUGUAGCCACCGGGCUUCUUCUUCUUCCUUCAUCAUGUGCUUGGAAGUUGCUCUGUCCUUGUCUCCCUUUCUUUGAUUUAAAAUAGCUGAAGGCCACAAAGUGCUCGGAAUAACAUCUUAUUUCAGUUUAUCUUGGUAUAAAUUGUCUAAUUUAAACAAUAUUCCCCUCAUAUUAAAAGAAAAAUUUUCACAUUGUGCUCAAAGAGCACAUUUUUUUCUCAAGUUUUAACUAAAAUUAAUGUAAAAACAAAUGUCAUGCUGUCAAACAGACAUGUUGACAUGCUUGUAAAAGUUACACUUGAACCUGCUGUUAGAAAAUACCGGUGCUAAUUUUAAUCAGUAAGUUAAUAUUAGUUUGUUAUAAUUCUUUCUAUGGUGAGAGCUUCAGGUUUAUUUCAAAUCAAAUACAGUGAGCAGUGCUGCUGUCCAGCCUGUAGCCUGAUUGCCUCAACUUCUAAUACAACCAACUUCAGAGUCGCAAGUUCUGGACUUUGGACACAGGUGCAUACGUAUUGAUAUGUGUUAUGUGUAUAAAUUGUUGUAUUUCUCCAUUCCUCAGUAACUUCCCACAGAAGCGAUAGGGGACGAUGGUUAAACCAGGGUAGGAAGAUUGCUUUCUCUGUGAUGUAACGCUGAGCAACUAUUGAGCCCCUUGUGGACCAGGAUUUAGUCCAUUUGCCCAGGUGGCAUUAGAGGUAAAGUGCUGAGUUUUAAACCCCAAAUGAAGUUUAA